UCGAGUACAUUUUUUAUUGUCUGACACAAUCCUGAUAUAAAGUUCAGAUUCUAGAGGUCCCAUGUUCAUGACAUUGCAAUGAAAAGGGAGUGGGUUAGCAAAAGUUCAGAACUUUAAGAUUUGUUUCUUGGGAGAAAGGUGUUCUCCUAGAUUGUGUUCCCCAGUAAAUUGCCAUGUCCGCGCAAUAUAUGUGGUAUUGGAGAAGUAAAGGAAAAAGGUCGCCUAGAAUUAAGCAGAAUUCAAACUCAGUCAUAGACACUAUUGAGUUUGCCUGUGUUGGCACUCCGACUGAAGAGUUUCCAUGGGUAUAUAUACAAUGGUUGUUUGAAUAUCUACUUUCAUUUUUCCAGGAUCAAGUUGAGGUGCUUUCUGAAGUUUAUUUGGCAAAUGAACACCGGUGCUUGUUUGAGAGAAAAGAUGCGGAUUUGCCAAUCUUGGCUGAAAAUGAGAUGGAAGAAGAAGGAAGACAAGUUCUUGGUGAUGUUUUAGAGCAUGCUCACUAUUUUGAACAAGCGAAUGUUGGUCUUGGAAGGGAGGAGACCUUUAGAGUAUUCCUUGCAACCAAACAGCUAUCGGAUGCUUAUUCAUUUGAAGUGUGCCGAUUUUGGGGUAAAAUAUUUGGCAUUGAAGGAAACUAUUAUGUUGCUGAAGCUCAAUUUAGAGAAGGAGAGGACCCAUAUGUCGAUGAAGACGACACAUCAUCACAGCAGGAAGCAACUGAAGCUAAAGAAACCUUGCUUCUUGCAGAAGAACAGCAGUCAGAAUUUGACGACAUCCCUAAAGUAGAUUACAAGCCACCGAUUCCGAUUCCCAAAGAAGAAAUUGGAACUGGUUGCAACGCUAAAGUAUAUUUUGUUUGCAACGAACGUAAGUGAUUUUCAUACAUGUUUAUGAUGGUUCUAAAGCAUGCUUAAUAAAACUGAAUUUGGAACAAUCAGAAUCUUUAUUUUGUCUGCAUUC